CAGCGCCGCCGCCAUGUCUUCCGAGGCCAGCGUGAGUGCCCUGCAGCGCCUGGUGGAGCAGCUCAAGCUGGAGGCCGGCGUGGAGAGAAUCAAGGUAUCGCAGGCGGCAGCAGAGCUCCAGCAGAACUGCAUGCAGAACGCCUGCAAGGACGCACUGCUGGUCGGGGUCCCAGCUGGGAGCAAUCCCUUCUGAGAGCCCAGAUCCUGCGCUCUACACUGAAGACUUGGAAG